GCUCGAGCUGCUGCACACACCGGAGCACGGAGAGUUUUACAGACGAUUAACAAGGGUACACCGGCAUGGAAAUGUUGGCGAGCGGAUUUAGAGGCACCGAGCGGGCUGGUGAGCAGGUCUAACCGUCCAUCGGCACUUUUUGUGUCCGCGCGGCAGAGCGAAAAAGGAGGAGACGGGCAGUUGUAUUUACGCACCGGCCACGCAGCAUGCCCGAGUUGGACUAGAGGCAUACCCCUGCUGGAGCGCAACACGCACGCGGAACGGCGCUGAGAGCCGGGAGGAAUAUUUACAAUAGAAACUCAAUUCCUUUGCGGAGAAGAAUAGCAAAGGGGAGGGAGGAGUGAAAGAUAACACUGGAAUGAAGUGGACCUCGGGAUUCCCAGCGUGCUGCGGAGUUGUGACUGAUGGAUGAAUGUGGUCAUCUGUAGGGUAGCUAUAUACAGCGACAGGUACAGACACCAUCAGGGGAGCUUUGACAAAAGGCACGGCGCAGCGCUUCAUCGGGCAGCCGCAUCGCCAGAUUGUGUCUCCAAAAACUGAACGACUGGUUAGAUCUGUGUCAUCGCACAUCAGAUCGCACCGUCGAGUUGUCUCUUUAGAGUAAAAAAAAAAGAAAAGAAGGUCGCGAAGGGCUGUUUUUGUCUCAGCCACAGGUCAAUCAGGACACUCGGGGGCUGCUUCCCUUCCAGAUCCUACCAAGAAGCGAGGGGUGUCUUCUCAUUCUCACGUCCUGCGGACAGUUCAGUCAAGGACACCGGGGUCCGGAGCAUUUUUUAAAAGAAGUUGGAUAGAGGGACAUGUAUCUGAUAUCGACCUCACAUGCUCCCGACUGAUCGUAGCUCACCUUCCCACCGGGCGAACCACAGAUAAAGGCUGCCAGGCGCACAGUCCGACGCUCUGAGUAAUCGGCUCACAGUCUGUACAUUUAUCAGAAUGGCGGGACUCGGUUGUUGGAAGUAUUACCUCUGGAUCUUUAUUUUAAUGUGCAGGUCGGCGUUACCUUCGGCGAAAUCGCUGGAGACUAUAAUUUGGAGCUCGCAGAAUCCCAAGUUUGUGGCUGGAAAAGGCCUGGUGAUCUACCCAGACAUCGGGGACAAGCUGGACAUCAUCUGUCCUAAAGCGGACCAAGGCAGAGAAUAUGAGUUCUACAAGUUGUACCUGGUGAAGAGGGAGCAGGCGGAGAGCUGCAGUACCGUCCUCGAUCCUAAUGUCCUGGUCAACUGCAACAAGCCUGAGAAGGACAUCAAGUUCACCAUCAAGUUCCAGGAGUUCAGCCCCAACUACAUGGGCCUGGAGUUCAAGAAGAACGUCAACUACUACAUCACCUCAACCUCCAACGGCACAGUCGAGGGCCUGGAGAACCGAGAGGGAGGCGUGUGCAAGAGCCGAGCCAUGAAAGUCAUCAUGAAAGUCGGGCAAGUUCCGAAUGCAGUGAACCCUGUGGCGCCAGACGCUCCGGAAGACAAUGCCAUACCGGAGUCCAGUCCCAGUCCGCCUGACCAGGGUCGGAUUGGACCCGAGAUACCAGGAAACCCUGACCACAUGAAUCAGGACCAGGGUUCCUCGGCAAACUCGGACGGCUUCCUCGGAUCCAGAGUGGCCAUGUUCUCCGUCAUUGGGGCCGGCUGCAUCAUCUUCCUCCUGCUCAUCCUCCUCCUCGUCAUCCUGCUCAUAAAGAUGCGCAAGCGCGCCAGGAAGAACGCCCACUCGCAGCCCCGCCCCUCGGCACUGUCGCUCAGCACGCUGUCCAAUCCCAAACUGCCCGGGGGCACGGCUGGCACGGAGCCCAGUGACAUCAUCAUUCCACUGCGGACAGAGAACAACUACUGCCCUCACUAUGAGAAGGUGAGCGGCGACUAUGGCCACCCCGUCUACAUUGUCCAGGAGAUGCCCCCGCAGAGCCCUGCCAACAUCUACUACAAAGUCUGACACGCUCCACACAGCCAGCGACACAGCCAAGAGAGAGAAAGAGAGGAGCGCUUGAUUUAUGUUCUUGGGAAGAACACCUUCCUUUGCAUUCUGGGGACUUGAUGCUUCUUCAAGCCCCUGUUAUUACUACCACCUGCUGCACAAAUCUGGAGAGAUAUGCACUGACCAGUAACCAGCGGGGUUGCGAGCUGACUGAUGAGAGGUUUAUUCUGUUUGUUUGGGUCGUCUGACAAUCCCCCCACCCCCAAUCCCCCCACCCUCCCACCCUCAUCCUUCCCUCACCUCCCACCUUCUACGUCUCCCUGCUGUGCUCCGACAGGGGGGCGGAGCUGGAGCAAACCAACAGAUGGAACUACAGCUUCCUGGUUUGCUGUCCCCUUUUAAUGGGCAGGAUAUAACUUAUCUCAGUUCCCUGAAGUACAGUCUGUGCUACACCCAAUUAAACACACCAUCCUAGCACACGGGCAGGAACGGGCAGACACAGGCCCUGAACGCCACUCAGCCUGCAGUUUGUGUGCAAGCAUAAAACAUGUGUGUGUGUGUGUGUGUGUGUGUGUGUGUGUGUGUGUGUGUGUGUGUGUGUGUGUGUGUGUGUGUGUGUGUGUGUGUGUGUGUGUGUGUGUGUGUGUGUGUGUGCGUGUGUGUGUUAGUCAGGGCUCGGUGCUGGGCCAGGAAACUCUCCAGAUAGCUCAGGUAUCAGACACAGUGUGUGAAAUAAUGUGUUCCUCUCCCUUCGCACCUCUGAUGUUUGCCUUACUUACUAUUUUUGAUGGAGGAUUUCCUCGAACCCUGAGUCAGUUCACAAAGCAGUUGUAUUUUGUUAGACUUUUCCUACAAGUGCACAAUGUAUAGAGUUGAAUAGAUCAUCAUUAUCACUCCAUCUUCUCACUACCCGCGUCAUCCAUUGCGCUCAUUCGUUAUUUUUCCAAGAGAGUACCUUGACCUGGACGGUUGAUGUCGAGGUGUGUAUGUGUGUUUCCGGGAAUACUCCCUUCUCCACUGGUCUGAUAUGGGCUUUACCGUUACUCUGGUAUUUAUGACCUAUUUGUGUGUAUCUGAGGUCGUUAGUUUGUGUGUGUGUGUGUGUGUGUGUAUGUGUGUGUGUUUGGGCAUGUCCAGACCUGUCUUGUAUCUGGGCAGACUUAUUGGCUUAGGGCUGGAACAGUAAGUUACUGUAUCUUGAGCUUCAAAAACAAGACAGACAGACAGACUGACGCGCCGACAGGCAGACAUCUUACAAAACCCUUCUAGUGCUCCAGCUGGCAGCGAUUGAAGGUUUUUUAUUGUGUCUGAUGAGCUUUCGGGGAGAUAGUUUUCAAGACAGCAGGCAGGUUGAUAGUUGUUUGUUCUAGCCUUUGGUGCUACACUGCAAGCAUCAAACAGUUAGUUUGGUGCCUGCUGCCUAGGCGAGAUGGGUGUAGGUUGGACGGUGGGCACUGAUUGGCUGGCCUACAUAGGUAGGAUGCCCUAUAUAUAAGUUGGAUGGCGAGCUACGGAUGAACAUUGGGAUACAGUAUUGUCAGAUGCCAAUUGCCAAUUGGCUGCCAUCUGUAGAUGAGUCAGUGGUGUGCGCAGUCAGUGGCAUCGCCAGCGUGUGACUAAUCUAUGUGCCAUCUCCGUGCCCACACUCACCAGCCGGGGAGGAGAGAGAGCGAGAGAGAGAGCGAGAGCAGCGGAUAAAGGAGAAAAUGUUCCUGUGACUUGGCUUUAACCUGAGAGGAAGAUGGCGGGUGGGGGGUGGGGGGAUGGGGGGUAGUUUAGCAUUCAUUUUUCCAUCCUCUCACCAGUUGUGCUGUGAAUAAAAAUGCUGUGCAGAAUAUUCUUCCACAGUCAAGGUGUUCAGCCAGCGAGGACACUGCAGCUCAGCUAUCACACAGCCCAGGGCAGCGGCACCCAGACAGGAUUUACUGCAGCUGGAUGUGUGCACGUGUGCACACCGAAGCUCGCCUUUAGGUGGGGUGGUGGUGGUGGUGGUGGCGGGGGGUGCGGGGUGGUGUUUGAGUCUGUCUGUGUGCACAUGUAGGUGCUUCUAUGUGUUGCUUAUUUGUGCUUAUAUUUGCAGUUUUUUCCCUCUCUCUCGCUCUCUCUCUGUGUGUAUGUGUGUGUGUGUGUGUGUGUGUGUGUGUGAAUGCCUCUGUGGUGUAGCAGCUGAACAGUCUUGUUUUGGGACUGGAGCUAGGUGCUCCCAAACAGUGUGGCUGCCAAAGUACGGAGCGCCGCAGUCCCGGUUAAUGAUGUGUGAGAGGAAAGGAGAGAAGAUAAGAACAGCUAUUCCUCAGCACACGCAGACACAAGCUGACGUUUGAUGCGCACGUGCACACACACGCACAGACACACAGAGACUGACGGGUCCAGGUUUAUCUCCAGUCAAACGGUCAGACUGCCGGUGAAUGUUUAUUCACCAGCAGAGAGACCUAUCAUCCGCUGCCACAAACUAUUGCCAUCCACGGAUAUACACUGCUGAGAUAAAAGGCAGCCCAGCUUGAAGACUCGGGGAAGACUCCAAUGGCUUUUGCGUGUCGUUGACCUUAGAGUUAACAACCUAAACAGCUGCUCGUGCUUUUGUGGUCCUGUGUUUUAACUCAGCAUGCAGCCCUCUGUGGCCCUCUGUGAAACACAUCUAGAUCAAAUAUUUUUGUUUCGGAUCGGUGCGCAUCCAUUCACCUACACCAGCCAAGGGAGUCAUUACCAAAUUACCACAAACCAUAUCUCAUUUUCAUUCAUUCUCGUGACCACUUAAUGUUAUUCAAAUUUUCGGGGAGAAAAAAAAAAUUAAGAGGAGAUAACAGAAAUGUAAAUAUAUGGAUAGAGCCCAAUUUAAGAUGUAAUUUCACCUGAACACUGCUCAUAAUAAAAAUUUAAAAUUAGAUUUUUGUAAUGGAGGAUGUUUGUAAAUAGCUGUCUUUUUAAAGUGUGUUUUGUAUGAAUCCUUGCAUUUUUGUCUCUGUUUGCAAUAUGUUUUUAUUUUCUUUUCUUUUAGAGUUAAACUGAAUAUUGCAGCGGACACACAAACUGUCUUUUUUUUUGCAGUGUCCAGUAUUGUCAAAAAGUCUUUGUUACCACAUGUGUUAAGAGGAAAAAAAAAAAAACAAAAAAAAAAAACUGGGGUUCAGAGUUUUUACAUCGCCAUUCAACAGGAUUCUAGUUGCUCAGAAACUGUUCAGGACUGAAGCUUUGUCACCGAGCGGCUUUGAAAUGGAUAGGUCAUUGAAACUAUGAAUGAUAAGGCCCCUUCCCUGUUGGAGACAGCACUUAACUCUGCAUAUGAAGACUGUGUUAUUCCACUGCCUUUGAGUUACCUACACCUUCCACUCCAUUAUGAAAUGUAACAAAAACAUUUUGCUCCACAAAGAUUAAUCUUUUCUGAGUUUUAAUAAGUCUAUUGGGCCAGACGGAGAGACGCAGACAGAGAGAGAGGGAGAGGGAAAGUACAGGAGGGGGGAAAAAAAAAAGAAAAGAAAAGGGGCCACGUAUGAGAGUGUGACUGUACUGCGCUCGCCAAUAAAUCAUCCGGUUUACACCACUCAUUAUCUCCCAGGCGGUCCUUUGUUUUAAAGUUGCUCUCUCUCCUUCUCUUUCUCUCCCUCCGCCCCUCUCCUUUGUCAUCCCUCCUUUCCUAAUUUAGCACAAGGAUGUUGGUCGCUCAUGGUUUGAGUCUCACUGUAGGUUGAUUUCUGCUAUUGUUCAAAGCCACAGUAUUAUUUUUCAAUGUGCAUGUGUAAGCAAAACCUGUUGAAUUUGUUUCCCUUCGUUUGAAUCAUAACUGUCAUUCUGUUAUUUUAUUUCUUUUUUUCUUUUUUUUUUUGCCAUUCACUUUUCUUGCCGCUUCUCAGCGUAACCUAUUGGCACCAGCUACAAUGGAAAUAACGUUCCACCAGUUUGGAAACAACCGCAUAUUGAUAAAUAAAAUUUUUCCCAUGGAACUCGU